UUUGCUUGCUUACCCACAACUCCCCGCGCGUGGUAGCUUUGGCAAAUUGGUUUGAAAGUAUCGUCAAGUUCUCAAAGUUAAUACAAAUUAACGUUUGAGCAUCAAUUUUAGGAUAAAACAAUAUUACAACUAGAAGUAGUAUUGCUAGCUAGCAUGAGUACAGGAGGAGUAAUCACGUAACCAAGGCAAAUAAUGCUACUCGCGGGAGAAUCACCGCCUAAAAACGUCAACAAACCCAUUACUUCCGGUAGUGUGAAAGACACGAAUUAUCUGCACUGAUAAUGGACGGAUAUAACGCUGGGAAAGAAAUUCUUAACACACCAACCGAUUUCAUCACAUCGGCGAAUUCCAGGAAACCCCAGAAUGACCUGGUGCCUCCAUCGCAUUUUGCAUCCAGCGUCCAGGCUGCUGUACGGCCUCCAGGGGAUCACAUCACCUUCCCCUGGAUGAAGCCGAGCGUCCCACUAGCUCCACCGAAAGAUCCAUGGCUUGUUUUAACUCAGAUCCAACAAGACGUAUCAACGCUGAGUAAGGAAAAUCAAUGCACUGUGGUGCUGCGAGGACACAACAUAGGAGGGAGGACUCCAGAGGAUAACCCGUCAGACUUGAGGACAAGAUCCACAGAGGGAGGCGUGCAGUCGUCCAGAUGGGAAGCAGAGUGGUGUCUGGAGGCUGGGAAGCACAAAGCAGAGGCUGAGUGGUUGAGGGAGCAGAUGGACGCCCUGAAGGACACCGUGCAGAGAUACAGGGACGAGAUAAGAGUCAAAGACAAUGCCAUAAGCAGGCGCAGUCACGAUUUGGAGACAAUGCGUGAAGAAAUAGGUAAGUUGAGGACUGAACACAGCCAAACCAAGGAGGAGCUCAUGCACUGUCGUACACAGAAGGAGAAAAUAAGCUCGCAGCUCGAAAGACUUAAGAGGGAGUCUGAUGAGGAAAUUGCUACGGUGAGGAAGGAGGGGGAAGCAAAAGGAGAGAUGAGCAGGCAGCAGGAGGCAGAAAAGCAGUCUUUGAGAUUGUCACAGCAACUGCAGCAAAUGCAGAAGAAGCAGGAGGAAGAGCUGCAACUGUUGAGUGCCUCUCACCGUGUGGAGUUAGACGCAUCCACAAAAGCAAAUAUUGAACUGCAGAGCAAAGUUCAGACUGCCAACCAGGAAGUGAUGCACCUCAAAAGCAGUCUGAUGAUGGUAUCUGCGGAGAGAGAUGAGCUGAGAGAACAGCUAAGGCAAACCAAACAAGCCAACGACACACAAUCGGCAACUUUGCACAGCCUUCGGAAUUACAUCGGCCAGCUGGUCCCCGACACAGUAGAGAAGCAACAACUCAAUGAAGCUGUUGAGAGGCUGAACAAAGAGAAAGCAGCAUUACAGAAAUCCGCAGAGCUUUUGACAGUCAGACUUAACUCCAUGAGUGAGAUUGUCUCCCUUCAAGAAGAGAAGAUGCUGAAGAAUGCCUCGCCAGACCCACUGGUGACAAAACGAUCCAAUAGCCUCCACGUGCUUCACCUGUGGAGGGACAAGGUGUUCAAGCUCUGCGUCCAGCUUCGCUUGAAGGACAUGGAGCUGCGAGACGAGAAGGAACGACGUCUUUCCGAGCUUACACUUAUGGACCAACAGCUUCAGGAGGAGAAGCAUGGCACAACUGUGCUCCAACGUAGUCUUGACGCCAAGAUAGCUGAGCUGGACCAGGAGAAAGUGGAAAAGGAGACUUUGCAGCAGCACCUGGCACAGGCUUGCAAGGAGAGCCAACAACUGAAAGAACAUUGUCUUAGCAAAGAGGCUGAACACCAAAUCACAAAAGAGGCUGUGUGCGGGUUCAGUAUUGCAUUUCAUCGUAGAGUGGCUGAAGUGGAUGCAGCACAAGCAAAACUCAACACCUUUGGCCAAAGGUUGAAUUUUGCCAGAGGCAGAGUAGAGACGGUCCAAGCUCUGCUCAUGAGGAGAGUCGCUCUGCACAAAGCCCAGCAGGCCAGUAAACAGGCGGAGCAGGCUGCUGAGAGCAUCAGGAAUCUACAGACAGAACUUAGUUUGGUGUGUGAAGAGAGGCGCAAGCUCACACAGGAGCUCAAAAGAAGCCCAGAGUUGAUUGAAAAGGCACUGGCUGACAUGAAAGAACAGUAUGAGAAAAAGCUGAGCCAAAAGCAGAAAGAGCUGGAGCAGACCCGGAUGGAGGUGCAGACAGUCAUGUCUAGCAGAGAGGAGGUCCAGCAGAAUCUGCAGCAGGUCUUGGCCCAGAUGGAGGAGAGCAAGGUCACACAGGAGAAGCUCCGAUGUGACCUACUCGACCAGAAGGAGCGGAGCGAGCAUACCCUGCAGGAGCGGGUGUCUGAGAUCGAGAGUCGCUGUGCUGACAAGCUCAGUGAGAUGGAGGUCCAAGUCAAUACAGCGAAGAAAGAGCACACCAAAGCAGUCAUGACUUUGCGGGAGUUUGAAAGAGAGGUAUCCAGGAGACAGAACCACUGGAGAGAAACUGAAGGUCUGCCAGGUGAACACACAAAGGAGGAGGUCCAGCGUAAACAAACGGAAGAAGCUGAGAGGCACAGGCACCAACUGCUGGCUGCUGCUGUUGAGAGAGAGCUGAGCAGUCGCUUCCCAAGAGUUUGCACCUUAGCGCUGCAAAAUGGGGCAGACAAACCUUCAGAGAGGUCUCGCUUUGUGGGGCUGGGAUCAGAAGCAGAGAGGCUCGUUUCUGUAUUGGAGGAGCUCCACAUGCUCAGUGCUGCGGUGGUAAACAGCUCUGAGGACUCACUAGAGGAAGAAGAGGGGCACAGCUGAUUCUGUGACGAUUCAUCAUCUUUAUUUUGAUUAUUUAUUGCCUUUGUAAAUGCAUUGUUUUCAUUGAAGCCUUUUAUACAUAAUAAAGUGUCCAGUGAGUAUACUGAAUAUUAUUUGGGCAUUUAUCUAAUCACUGCUCUUCCAGCAAGAUGUUCAAAAUCUAUUCAAUUCAAGGCAAUGCAGGGAUUCAUGUGGUUGGAAUAAAUUCCUCACAUUUGAUAAAACAAAAAAAAUCAAUAUUGUCUAGUUAUAGUUUCUCU